GGGGAUGGAUUAUAUGACUCCUAUAUGAGGAUAGAUGAGUUUAGAUACCAGGAGCCUGCACGUGAAGAACGCAGCCCCUCGAGACUUCCUCCCCUUGCAAGACCUAAUGUUUCUAGCAACAAAGUCAUAAUGAAGGAUCAUCCUCUGACUGGAAAUCAGGUAGAGCAGUUGUUUGAGGACUCUGGGAACAGAAGGAGCAGCACUCACCAGUCUGCAGGAGUCACCAGUACAGAGAGAGCUCUUCCUGCCCUGGCAAAAGACAAACUCAUAGAGAGCCUAAGCACUGUUAAAGGUGGUUGUGGUUCCUCUAAACCACCUAAAGCCAUUUCCCAAGCUCCAGAACAAGCUAUCAAACAGUUCAAACACCAAUUAUCUGCUUAUGAACAGCAAGAGAUCUUCAAUUUCUCCGAGAUUUACUUUGUGGGUCCAACUGCAAAGAAGAGACAAGGAGUCAUUGGGGGUCCCAACAACGGUGGGUACGACGACGACCAAGGCAGCUACAUCCACGUGCCCCACGACCACCUUGCUUACAGGUAUGAAGUGCUCAAAAUCAUUGGCAAGGGCAGUUUUGGACAAGUUGCUAAAGUCUAUGAUCACAAACUCCACCAACACUUGGCCUUAAAGAUGGUUCGUAACGAGAAGAGGUUCCACCGCCAAGCCGCGGAGGAAAUCCGUAUCCUGGAGCACCUGAAGAAACAGGAUAAAACAGGCAGUAUGAAUGUGAUUCACAUGCUGGAAAGCUUCACCUUUCGGAAUCACAUCUGCAUGACCUUUGAACUCUUGAGUAUGAACCUGUACGAGCUGAUCAAAAAGAACAAGUUUCAGGGCUUCAGCAUCCAGCUGGUGCGCAAGUUCGCUCACUCCAUCCUGCAGUGCUUGGAUGCUCUUUAUAGGAACAAAAUCAUCCACUGUGACUUGAAGCCGGAAAACAUCCUCCUGAAACAGCAAGGGAGGAGUGGAAUCAAGGUUAUAGAUUUUGGGUCCAGCUGUUUUGAACACCAAAGAGUCUACACAUACAUCCAGUCUCGUUUUUAUCGGGCGCCGGAGGUGAUCCUGGGCAGUCGCUACGGGAUGCCCAUAGACAUGUGGAGUUUUGGCUGUAUCCUGGUGGAGCUUUUAACUGGCUACCCUCUUUUUCCCGGCGAGGAUGAGGGAGACCAACUGGCUUGUAUGAUGGAACUUCUUGGAAUGCCACCUCAGAAGCUCUUGGAUCAAUCCAAGCGAGCCAAGAACUUCAUCAACUCCAAGGGUCACCCUCGUUACUGCACGGUGACGACGCACGUGGACGGGAGAGUGACCCUCACCGGGAGCCGCUCGCGCCGCGGGAAGCUCCGGGGAGCUCCUGGCAACAAGGACUGGGUGACAGCACUGAAGGGCUGUGAUGAUCCCUUGUUCAUAGACUUCCUGAAGGAAUGCCUCAGCUGGGAUCCUGCCCUACGCAUGACUCCGAGUCAAGCCCUGAGGCACCCUUGGAUUUGUAAACGAACGCCCAAAGCUUCCAGCGCCGAUAAACCAACCCCCAAACGGAUUUCUAGCUACACAGGUUCCUUCCAAGGAAUAGGUUCCAAGUUGCCUCCUGUGGUUGGAGUUGCCAACAAGCUGAGGGCUAAUUUGACCACCGACUCUGUCAGCACUAUACCUCUUUGUACUGUGCUUCCCAAACUGGUCAGCUAG